AGGAAGCCAGAAAAAAAGAAUGAUCAUCUCUGACUAUUAUCUGAUUGGCUGUUUCCGAACCCAGUUGCAUUGCCCACCCACAUGUUUAUAUGAAUCCUUGAUCAUUUCUCCAUUCCUCCCACUGAGAGAAGAUCCGCGCAGCGCUCAUGGCAGCUAAUGAUUAUCGCGUGUACCUGCGGAAUCAUAUCGAUAUGGACGAGGCUCCGGCGCGCGUCGCGCACACAGGCUCCACUCACAGGGCGCUCAUAUUCAUCACCCUGGCUAUCAUGGGACUGCUGCAGGUCGCGUCGAGCGUGGCGAUUUUGUUGCACUUAACCGGUUAUCUAAGAGAGGUGGACCUUGUUAAAGCACAGCAGACUCCCAAUGAGGAAAUGCACAGUGAAACAUUAAUAGCCGACCCACUACGAAGUACGAAGGAGAAAAAAGACAGAUGUCGAAAGAAGGAUGCACGCCUGCCAUUAGCUCAUCUGCCGAUUAGUACAACCAAUGACUUUUCAACCAGUGUUCAUCAGAACAAAGAAAUGUAUACAGAUUUUGAACAACUGGAAGAAGACCCUAUCGCCAAUACCAUAAUCCACUGGAAUGAAGGUCAAGGAACGCUGAAAAAGAUUAAAUACCACGAUGGUCGGAUACUAGUGGACGAGCCCGGUUAUUACUAUGUGUAUGCCAAAACCUGCUUCAGAUAUGCUAAGGAACAUGACACUGAGAAAGUGGACCUCAGCAAUAUACAGUUGCUUCAGUAUAUUUACCAUGAGAAGCACACGCAGAAUAUAAUCUCACCCAUUAUGCUCGGCAAAAGUGGCGGAACCCAUCGCCAGUGGAAUAUCGCCAAGUACAACAUGUUCUGUGCGGUGCAGGGCAGAGGUGUCCAGUUAAAUAAAGGUGAUGGGCUUUAUGUUAGCGUAUCAUAUUUUUGGCUGCUGGACCCUGCAGCCGAUGGGACGUAUUUUGGUGCUUUUAAGAUAAGCGAUUGACUUUCAUAGUUUUUGCUACUGAACAUGUUUAUGCACACUUAACAACCCUACAGAUGUUUUCAAAAUGACCAUGAACCACUGAGAACUUAUAUUAUUGAUCACUGACUUUUUGUUUGACAAUAUUGCAUUGUACAUCAUUUAGAAGCUUAAGCAGAUGUGGUUUUAAGCUAUAAAGUACCAUCACAAGAAGACCUAGAACAGGACUGGGGCAUGCAAUAUGAUUCUAGAUGGUCCCAUCUACAAGUCUACUUUUAGUUCAGUGUUUUUGACAGGAGUGCACCAAUACUGAUAAUGGUAUCGGUCCAAUAGUACCUUUGGUUUUAAAUUUCUUCAAUACAAAACAGCAUAUGUACUGUACACUUUUAAAAAAAGGUGCUUCAAAAGGUUCUGUGAUGCCAUAGAAGAACAUUUUUGUUCCAUAAAGAACCAUUAACAUCUGAAGAACCUUUCUGUUUCACAAAAGGUUCUUUGUGGUGAAAAAGGUUCUUCCGAUUAUUAAAAAGUAAGAGAUGGUUCUAUAAAGAACCUUUGAGUGAAUGGUUUUUUGUGGAACCAAAAAUGGUUCUUCUAUGGCAUCGCUGUGAAGCAGCUUCAUUUUUAAGAGUUUACACUGCCCUUUGCAUAAAUGUUGCCAUUCAAAGAAGCACCAGCAGUUUAAAAAUAUAUAUAUCAGUUUGGAUGCAUUUCAGUGACAGAGUUUAAACAAACACAGAUCUGCUGUUUGUUUGACCACAAAAAGCUUACUGAAGCCCAAAAAAAUUAAUUCCAGACCUCUGAGUUAGUUUAAAAAAUCAAUUUGUUAAAAAAAUCAUUUAAUACCACUUGAGAGUGAGGACAGUUCAUACUAGAAAAUGACUUGACUUUGCAUGACUUCGGAAAUAAACCUGUGCUUAAUUUGAGAAAAUAUAUCAAAAUUUAGUUCACAAACGUACAAACAAAAAUUAAGACGGCUGGUCUGUCUUUGAUUCACCGGGAGAAUUAACAUUUUUUUAAGCAAUGCGUGGAACCAAACUGAGUUUGGGACACUGUAAUUUAAAGUUUUUUUCUUUGUGUAUUUAUUUAUUGUCUGAUGAUAGAACAUGUUAAAUGUUUUGUAUAAUGUAAAGUUUGUACAGUAUAUAUCAUUGUAUAAAUGCCUUUACUCCAUUCUUUAAGAGAGAUUUUGGAUUUAGGGCAUUGACUUUAGGUCAGUUAUAGAUAUGCUUUUUUAUCAAGCACAUGGCUCUUGUUUUUUUGGCUUAAAUGGAUUGGUUUCUCACUAAAGAAACUUUGUAUUUAAGUAUCAUUCAUUUGACAAUUCUGUGCACAAAUGUUCAUGGAGAGCACAAUAUGUUGUUCCACGGCUGUUUUAAAUGGCAAACCUAAAGUCUACGAUUUUUCAUAUGUUAGUAAAGUUUUGUUCUAUUUUAUGUUUAUUUAUACCAUUCUGACUAGUAAAGAUACUUUUCUAAAUAAAAUACU